AUGUGGGGAGAUAGUCAGAUAUUUCCAGAUUCUGCCCAUCGUCGCGAGAUAAUGGAUCUGACCGUGAAGUGUCCUCAUUUUGGAUGUUCAUGGACUGGAGAACUGCGUGCUGUUAAGAAACACCAGUCAGAAUGUCUGUUGAAAGAAGUGCAAUGUUCAAACUCAGGAUGUACAGAGAGGCUUACCAAGGAAGACAUGAUAGUUCACGAGUCAUUUGAAUGUUCUUGGAGGAAAAUCAACUGUGAACAUUGUCAAGAAUCAUUCGUCUUUCAUGAAAAGCGGAACCAUUUAGAAGAUUGCCAAAAGUUGCCUGUUCAGUGCACUAACAAGUGCGGCCUUAGAGCGAUUCCACGAGAAAAGCUUGAGGUUCACAUUCGCGAUGAAUGUCUUGAAACUGAAGUUCACUGUGAAUACAGAAACUUUGGAUGCGAUGCUAUGUUUCCUCGAUCAAACACCAGUUUGCAUUCAAGGUCCCACGUUGAACGUCACUUAAGUCUAGCCCUCCAUUGCUUCGACACCAAUCAGUUGCAGGUUAAUAAUCUGGUCAGCCUUGUCAAGGAACAGUCACAGCAAAUAGAACAAUUGGUGGCCCAAGUUAAGGAACAGUCACAUGAAAGAGAACGAUUAGAGGCCCAAGUUAAAGAACAGUCACAGCAAACAGAACGAUUGGUGGCCCAAGUUAAGGAACAGUCACAGGAAAGAGAACGAUUGGUGGCCCAAGUUAAGGAACAGUCACAUGAAAGAGAACGAUUAGAGGCCCAAGUUAAAGAACAGUCACAGCAAACAGAACGAUUGGUGGCCCAAGUCAAGGAACAGUCACAGCAAAUAGAACAAUUGGUGGCCCAAGUUAAGGAACAGUCACAUGAAAGAGAACGAUUGGAGGCCCAAGUUAAGGAAGAGUCACAGAAAAGAGAACGGUUGGAGGCCCAAGUUAAGGAAGAGUCACAGAAAAGAGAACGGUUGGUGGCCCAAGUUAAGGAAGAGUCACAGAAAAGAGAACGAUUGGAGGCCCAAGUUAAGGAACUUUCACAACAAUCAGUACCAUUGGCUGCCCAAGCGUCGAGAAGUCUCAGAAAACCGUUCCCCCAGCUACCGCUCUUUUAUUGA